CAUAACUGAACACAAAAAUCAAUAAAUUGUUUGUCACAAAAACAUUGCAUUCAAAACACUUAUAAUUUGUAAAUUGUUAUACAAUUUGAACAUUGAAUGCAAACAUCCAUUGGUUUAUGUGAUUGUCAUUUAAUUAGCACUCAAUUUAUUGAUCUAUACAUUCAAUGAUCGCUUUUGUCUGACGUUUGGUUUUGGAGUAGUUUUUAAUAUAUAUUUUUAAUUGUGUUAUAAUAUAAGGAAAAUCAUAAGCAAUAUAUCGAUCGGCCGUCGGAUCACUUCCUCGUGAGCGAAGAGGACGCCAUCAAAAUGGUUGCCGGAAAUGAAGGGAUGGAGGGAUUGAUCCCAAUAGUGAACCGAUUGCAGGACGCCUUCGCACAAAUGGGUGUAAAUAUGGCAUUAGAUUUGCCACAAAUCGCUGUCGUUGGCGGACAAUCAGCGGGAAAGUCAUCGGUAUUGGAGAACUUCGUUGGCCGCGAUUUCCUGCCCCGCGGGUCCGGUAUUGUC